GGGGGCUGAGCUCUUAAACACCGAGUCUGGAUGUCAAAAGCAGUUGACAUUUUUCUUCACGCUGUAGGUACAGAAAGUUAUUUCACCCGCGUAUUCACGUUUUGCCGUUCAGUGAAGAAAAUGAUUUUGUUUCUCGUAGUAUUCAGCCUCGCCCUCAGUGGUACACAGGGAGCACCAAGCACUGCAGUGUACAAGUUUGUCAAGUGUAACCCCGAAGGAGACCAAGCCAACUGCAUCACUCACCAAAGUGCUAAUAUGGAGUGGAGUCGGGAUUUACCAACAAAACUCCCUGCCUCUGCUACCCAGUACCUAGAGGCUGAGCCAGUGGAGGAUGAACGCGAUCCAGAGGAGGAGGAGGACCCAGUAGAGGAGGAGGAGGAGUUUCUGGGCUCUGAGGAAGGAGAGUCUCCCCUGGUCUACCUGCCUGAGGAUGGCUCUGGAGAUGGAGGCUCUGGCUUUAUGGCCGACAUCGACUCAAAAGAACUCUUGGACAAAAACUACAAGCCCAACAGAGGUGGCCGUAAAAACCGUACAUGGGACUGGCUGGAUAAACGAGAUGAACAAAAACCAAGCAAGGAGGAGAUGAUGGAAGAGCACCUUCUUCAUCAGUAAAAGACACAUUUAUGAUUAAAAGGCCAAAAUAAAAUGUGUAUAUAUUUUAUAUUCUACAAAGUACAAUUUUUUUAUAUGGUCUACUGUAUGCAGUGAAUAAAAUGUAAAUUACACUGAAAUGAAUGAACAAACCAAACAUAGUAGGUCUCCUCAAACAUUUGGCCUUUAUUAAAUAAUAUUUUCUUUGCUUUCUAAUACUUAAGUAUUCCUUGUCCAGUACAUUAGGCCUACCUUACACUUAUUGCUCAUGCCUCGAAGUGGAGUUUCCAUAAAUCUGUUGUAUCUGGAUCAUUGCAUAUAAAUUAUUGCUUAGCCCAUGUUUUUGCAUUCCUAAGGGAUUUGAACUUACUCAGUGAGAGUAUGUAACGCUUCACAAAUGCCUAUUCUGAUGUAGGCCUUUAAAACAUGUGUAUUCUACAUGUUUGGCAGUUUGUAAGAAAAUAUUUUCUUCUAAUAAAUAAUUUUUAAAAAGAAA